ACAAACAAACUCUCCAGCUUUAUAUAUUAGUAUAGAAGUAUAGAUAAGUAAUAUUUACUGUUCCGUCUUUCACACUUUUAACUGUUUAUUAAUUACCGUCGUAAGUAACAACGACUUUCAGUUUUAAAACUUAAUCUUUGUAGCUAUGUAAAUAUAUCGAGGUGUGGUGGAAUAUUUGGCGUGUCCCAUGAAAAUUACUAACCGUUUUUGAAAUCGCAACGAAAUUUAUAAGAAAAUAUGUAAAAGAUUAUGAGAUACAAGAUAUGAAUCUGAUCAGUUUCAGAUGAACAUUUUCUGUUAGCCAUCAUAAGGAUAGUCUAUUUUAUUUGAGUUUUAGUAGGCUUGACGCGUGUAGUAUUUUUUUAUAAAUUUCGUUAAACUAGGUUGCAUUAUAAAUACUAGGUAGAUACCGCUUCCAUAAUAUUAAACUAUGCAAGUUUUCAUUUUAAAAAUAAUCCGAGUAAUAUCUAGUAUAAAAAUUGUUUUUAACACUAUUUAGGUGUUUGACAUUAGUAAUGGGCGAGUGCGAUAAAAAGGCUAAAGGCAAACAAAUCUGUUGAGUGGCAAUUAAAAAGUUAAUUGCCACUUACUACCCUCAAAGGAGGGUAAUCACAAAUCUAUGAUGGGAACAACAUUGCUUAACCUAUGGCUUAUUUUAGAUUUUGCAUAGAUAGCAGAAACAUUAAGCUGUGAAAAUUUAAAGUUUCAACUGCGUUCCUGGUACCUGAAUAAUAGGAUUCCCUUUCUAGCCUCCUAUAGCCUACGGAACACAAACUACAGUGAUAAGCUAAUCCAUAACGACCUUAACACAAUAAGAACCGCAUUAAACAGAUACAAAGCAAGUUCUACUAAUCAGCUAUGUUUACUUCAAUUAACAAAUGUAAUUAACAGUUGUAGAAUAAAAAAUAUUUACGAAAGACUUGUUGUCCCACGGCUUUCUUAAAUAACAAGAAUCUUAUCACGAAUUAGUAUAUUACCUUCUCGAAAACAAUCAAACGAACAUUAACAAUAAGACCAGUAUACAACAGUUUCCGAGUAACGUGUUAUAUUUCCAAAGGGCGGAAAUCCCCGAACUUUAACGAAGACACACGAAGUGGGGGUAAUUAGGGGCGCACGCGCAUAAAAGCUUUGCCAAAAUUAACAUCGGCCUCAGUUACCCGACUUGCCAAAAAGGGGACUGAGGGACGAAAAUUCGAAAAACGAUCCUUUGAAGUUAUAUUUAUUUUCGUAUUUUUUUUUUGGUAUUUCUUUUUUGUUCUUAUAAUUGAUUUCCGAGUGUAAAAGAUACGCAGUGUUUAAUCUAAAUAUUUAGUGAUCUGUGUUUUUUUUUUGUGAAAAUGACGAAAUCCCAACUUUAUUAUUAUGAAGACGUCGUGUUUCAGCUGGAGGUGAACCUGCAGAGCAUCCGUCGCGAGCUGGUGAAGCUGCUGGAGGAGUACAGGUUCGAGGAGUGCUUCGCGUGCAACCGCCUGCGCUGCUGCUGCUCCGAAGACGACUCCUUCCACAGCACCACGCUGUCGCUGGUGAGCAGCGACAGCGCCUACAACGAGCAAAUCUCCAUGGAUGCAUACUACAACGCUGCGCCACCACCAGAAUCCCUCCCGACCCCCAUCUGGCCCGGGAACCCAGGCCGCAAUGAACACGAAAACUCUGAAGACUCCCCGAUCUCCGUAGCAUCGCUCAACAUUUGGAUCAAAGCCUCCCUUCCGGACGUUACCCAAUCAAACUCGAGCGUUAGUUUCCCCGUCCCGGGGAAAGUGCUGGAUCAUGUCAAUUAUUCAUGGCCCCCUUUCCCAGACUCGAUAUGGAGCGCGGAAAAACUCAAGGAAACGACUGAGAGGGAGAUCAUGCUUUCUAACGAGAGGGACAGAGACGGGAACGAUUCUGUCGAGGCCUUCUUUAGGCACUUUGGCAGGAAUCGAGCAGUUCCGAAGACGACGUUCGCAUGUUGAUAGGUUAAUGUGAAAAAUUUAUAGUGUAGUACAUUGCGGGUGUUGUAUUAGUGAUUGAGAGGCGUUUCUUUAACACCCGCAAUGUACUACACUAUAAAUUUAAUCCAUUUAAUGUUAUGAUAGAUGAUAUGAUGUGUUUAAAAUUCAACUUUUUUAUAUGUUUUAAUAUGAUAAUAUGAUUGUUUGUUAGCGAUAAGUCGAGUAGAUAGUAAACUUAAUGUCUUCCCAAUACCCUUUGCUAUUCUCUACAAUUUGUCACCAAAGCUUUUUGAAAUCAGAAUACAAGAAAAAUACAUAAGUAAAGCCAAAGAAAGUCUCGAGUAAGUUGAAAUAAAAAUCACACGCAAAGUUAAAUUCUAAGUCAUUAAUUUAGAUGUAAUUUGAUAGUCAUUAGUACUAUAGUAACUUAAUUUAUGGUGACAAUUAACUGAAGACUGACAGUAGUUUGACUAUCAAUAAC